UUUUUUUUUUUUUUUUUUGGUAGUGGGGAUCGAACUCAUGACCUUGCACUUGCUAGGCAGGCGCUUAUGCCUUGAGCUAAAUGCCCAGCAAGAUGAUAGGCCUUAAUUUUGAACUGGUGCAUUUAAAACACCUGAAUUGAUUACUUAGAAAAUUCCUUUUGAACUCCAGUAUCAUAUAUUGAAGAUUUUUCUUUGGCAUUGUUCAGUUUGGGGUUCUAAGAUUUUGUGGUUGGUAGGAUCACUGGGGCUAGGGAUUAGGGACUGACUUAUUUUCCAGAUUUGAUGUGGAAACUACUGAUAAUCUUGUGCCUGCAGCUAACUGGUCUCAUUAAAAAGUGAAGCAAAGCUAAACAACAAAAGAAAUAAAUGUUAAGAGUUCCACAAAAUUAAAAACUUGCAUUUCAAAGAAUAUCAAGAAGAUGGAAAAAAAAAACCCACAGAGUGGGAGAAAUUUGUAAGUCAUACAACUGUUAAGAGUCUCAUUUAGAACUUACAAAGAUCUGUUAUAACUCAAUAGUAAAGAGACAAACCAAUUAAAAAGUGGGCAAAGGAUCAGAAUAAAGUUUCCCCAGGAAAAUACACAAAUGACCCAUAAGCAUGGGGUCACAUCAGGGAAAUGCAGAUGGGAACCGCAGUGGGGUACCACAUCCUGUACACUAUCGUGUAGCUAUAAGAAGAGGAAUAGGAAAAAGAGGAAAGCCACAGGUGUUGGUGAGAAAAUGAAACUAGAGCUGUGGUACAGAGCUAAUGGGAAUGUAAAAUGAUGCAGCUGCUCUGGAAAAAAUUCAACAGCACUGUCAUACGACUCAACAGUUCCUCUCCUAGGUUUAUACUCUGGAACUGAAAAAUGUGCACACAAAAACAUACACAAAUGUUCACAGCAGCAUUAUUUAUAAUUUUCCAAAAGUGAAAAUAACCCCAAAUGCCCAUUGGUGGUUAAAUAAAGAGAUUUGGGUAUCUCUGAUAUUGGCAUUUGGCUCUGCCAGGUUAGACCAUGUGACUGGGCCUACUUUGGGGCAGAAAAGUUGUGGAUUUUCAUACUUAGAGAAUGGGGCUCUGAAUUUAGCUCAGCGGAAUAAGCACCUGCCUUGCAUUUAGCUCAGCGGAAUAAGCACCUGCCUUGCAAGCACACAGUCUUGAGUUCGAUCCCCGGUACCAAAAAAAAAAAAAAAAUUGGAGAAGUUUUAAAGUUAAUGCAUGUACCCCCAGCUCCUGUGCUGAGAAUUGAACUCAGCCUCAGGAGUGUUAAGACAAUUCUCUAUUGCUGAGGCUGAACUCCAGCCCUAUUCUGAUUCCUUCUGAGCCUUUUUUUUUUAGUCAAAAUCUAAACUGUUUCUAGUGAUCCUAAGAAAAUAACCAAAGGAAUGACAGUUGACUUUUGGGAGUGACCUCAUGAUAGACUGUUUUAGUCCUCUGUGGCUUGAAGGGUUAAGCCAAGGGGAUGAAAACAAAAGAUAGGGAGUGUAAGGGAAGAAUGCUUUUCCGUUCUUGAUGUUUUCUUCCAUAUACAGAAAGAUUAUUCUCUGUGUGUCAAGAGAUUUGCAUAGAUUUACAUAUUAUCAAAUAUAGGGAAAAGGAAAUUAGGGUGCUUACUCCAUUUUCAUUUAGGGUUUGGGCUGCUUUCAGGAAGCGUUUGGUUCUGCUCUGCUGUGCAUUUCAAAUUUUUAUAGCUGUUUACCCUAUGUGAAGAUGUCUAGGCUGGUCCAGAAUGUCUGCAGUUUGAGGGAUGAGUAUGAGGCAUUGUGGAGUUGCAUACAAAGAAGUUAACGCAGACCCCCAUCAGUAAUCAAAGUGACCUCUGGCUACUAUUUGCCUUUUUUCUCAUUUGGUUUGGACCUCAGCUGUGGAAGAGGUGUGCUAAUUAUUGGAUGCCCUGAUUCCAUUAUUCUGGAGCGUGCUGUUCUAGUACAUCUUAUUUUCCCCUUGGCUCCUGUCACAUAAUUUCCACAGCUGUUGGAGCAUUUGAAUGAUUUAUCUGAAAUGCAGGGUCAGGUCAUGUAGCACUGGCUCUGAACCCUGCAGGAACUUACCUUCCAUGUAAAGGGCCUAAGGUCUCUAGCAGGACACUGAAGGGUACCUGUAGACCGUGGCAACCACAUCUUGGCCUUGCUUUAGUAAUAUAGGAUGUUCAGUGCUGGCUGUUUCCCUGCUUUGGUUUUACUGUUGGGCCUCGGUGGGAAUAGGUGUGUCUGAACUACUCUUGCUUUGGUUCACGUCUACUCAAGAGUAGCUGAAGUACCAGUUCCUCUUGGAAGUCCUUGAAGAUCUCCCACCUGUCUCUCCCUACUAAGCUUGUAGUCCCAAAGACUGCAAAGUCCAUUUUCAUUAUCUACUAUCUGUCUUGCACAGCUGUUGGCUUCUGCGGGAACAGUGUUGAGCAGUGUUUACCAUGCAAAAUACUGGUUUCUCAGGAAACAAACUUUGUAUGUUUUGGAUAGGAUUUUGCUUUGUCAUGUAGGCUGGCCUUGAAUGCCUUGACCAGUCUUGCCUCAUUCUUCUGAGGGCUGGGAUUAUAGGCAUGUGCAACCACACCUGCCUGAAACAAACGUUGGCUGUUGGAUCUGAGAUCAGAGUGUGGGCUGUCACUAACACUACCAGCUCCAUCAUAUGAAUAUCUUAAAGAGUCUGGGUAGCAUGGGCAGUCAGCUGAUCCACAGUACAGUCACGGAACUGUGAAGACGGGAGACAGAUGCUCUGGGAAUCCCAGCCUAGAAGACAGCAGCCCUCACCAGCCUCUCUCUAGUGAGUGGAGAUGCCCUUGAUCUCAGAUCAGUCUGCUGCCCACAUUCGUGCUCUAACUGCCCUUCACAAGGAGCAUGAGGUCAGUGGGCAUGAGUUGGAACAGGGAAUGAGGAAUCAGCUGUACUGUACCUUACCCAGGGGUGACCCUGGCUGAAGCUUGAUCUGUAGGGAUCUCAUUCUUGAGUCCAAGAAAAAUUAUGCAUGCACUCACUGGCCACUAGAGGGCACUAGAGCUAAGCUGCUAGUUGGCUAAGGCCACUACUGUACUUUUUAAUUUUUCUUGAAACCUUAGUGAAACUCAGGUUUCUUGUGGCCCAUACUGCUGUAUUUAUUAGUGAGUCACAGAACAAGGACAUAAAAAGGGAGAAGUCAUACUAUAUUUUAUACUUUUAAAAGGCUUUUCCUUUCGUCUUUCCCACAUGUGGUAUCUUUUCUACCAAAUAAAAUAUGCCUUCAGUGGACCCUAACCCUGUUCAAAACUUGUUUUGUGAUUUGGGACAGCUGACUUAACCUUGCUUUGUAUAUUGGGUUUUAAAGGUAAGAAAGAUUAUAAAUGGUGUAUUCAAUAUAAUUUUAUUUCUAUAGUCACUGCUCAGUAAAAGCUGUAGUCGUUACUAUCACCUAAAGUCUCUGAGCCAACCUGUUUUUAUGGUUUUCCAUUACAGCUGUUCCUUUUUUUUUUUUUUUUUCCUUUUUGAGACAAGAUCUCACUAUGCAGUACAGGCUGGUCUUGAGCUCAUUUUGGAGCCCCGGCUGGUUUUGAAUUUGCAACAGUCCUCCUACCUCAGCAUCCCAAGUGCCUGGAUUACAGGUGUGGACCACCACGCCUGACUGACAGUUCCUUUCUAGUUGCAACUGCCAAUAAUAUUUAUUUAUUUAUUUAGUCCAUAAUAUUUGCCCCAAGAAUGAAGGCCUGUAGUGAUUACAUAUGGGCUAGAUAGUAUUUGUUGAAUGAAGUGACAAAAGAGUGGGAAUCUUUUAUUUUUUAAGACAAAAUGGGCUUUAUGAAUUGGGAAAGAAUUGAAUUUAUAAAGCAGAUAAUUAAGAUAGUAUGAGCAGUAAAGUAAAGCAGGAAGAUUUUAAGAUGUGUUCACAAUAAUUCUCAGGAUUAUCAUAAUUCAUUAAUACAAAGCUUCAAAGGUCAUUCAUUGAACAUCUGCUUUGUGCCUUCCUCCAGAAGCUCACUGCUGGCCAGGGAGACAGCACUGUCCCCAUUUGUGAUACAAUGUGAUGACUACAUUGGGUUCUUUCUCCUUCUUUUCUCUCUUUUGAGAUGGUGGGGUGAUGAGGCAUUUAAGCCUUCACACUGUACUAUAACCCCAGCCCUUUUUAUCUUGUUUAAAAUUUUGAGACAAAGUCUUAGUUGCCCAUCCCAGUCUUGAGUUUCAUGAUCCUCCUUACUCAGUCACCUGAGUAGCUGGAAUUACAGGCAUGCACCACAGCACCCAGCUUACAUUAGCUUUUUGAGUAUGUAAAGAUACUUGGAUCCUGCUUAUGGGAAUAGACAACAGAGAAGGCAUCUGGGCUAGCUUUUCUGUUUGCCUCUCACCUCCAUCUUCCCAGGGUCCAUUCUCUGCCCACAUCAACUAUUCUGUGUUCCAGGAUGCUGAAUCCUGCCUGCAAUGUGGCUUGUGCUCAGUAGAAUUUUUCCAAAGGGAGACAGCCACAGGAGAUGGGCGUGGAAGGAGUCUGCCAUCCCUUUCCUGUCUCCUCUCCUUCCUUGCUUCACCUCACAGUGCAGUGGUUCUCCAGGACACAGCUCAGGUGAUCUCAAAGGGCCCCGUGUAACACUAGUGUGACAGCGUUAAGAGGUGGGACCCUUCUGUGGCACAUCCCUCAUGAGUAGACCAGUGCCCUUUGUAUCGCCUCAUGGUUGUGGAAAUGAGUUUGUGAGAAAUGGAGAACUUUUCCCCUUGCUCGUGUGCCUUUCAUUGAAGCGUCUACAUUUGUGAAAUGCUUCUGAUGUACUGUCCUCUGUGACUAGCAGUUUUGUAGGUAAUCUUUUAAAACAGUGAUGUUUACUGUUUCUUGCUCUCUUCCCUCUUCCUCUUCAGUUUCAAUGCGAGAAAACUUAGAAACUGUCAGGGUGAAUCAUGGCUGGCUGUAGAAGUCUUAUUGUAUACAAACAGACGAGCUCAGGCACGUCUUUCAUCCUUUUUGGGUCUCGCUUUCCUCAUCUUUUUGUUUUUAUUUCAAAGUGAGGCAAACAACAGUAAAUUAAAACAAAACCAAACCAUAAUAGGACAGUACAAAAACCACAAUUAUCACUAUAUUGCAUAAUCUUAUCCUCUAAUUAGUUGCUCAAGCUACUGGCCCCAGGCGUGCAAAGUCAGUUAAACAAUUUUAAUGUCAGGUUGCUGCCUUAGGUGAGUUGGUAUCAUCUAGGCCUGUUUUGUGUCCGGCAGCGGGAGUCAGGAGGCAGAGGUGGCUUCCUUGCUGGUCCUCCCUAGCCAAUAGGGCUUCCAGCAGCACACGGAUAGGCUGCAGGGCUUCCUUGCUGCUUCUCCCUAGCUGACAGGACCCCCUCUGAUACCCAGGGAGGCUGCAUGGCUUUCCUGAUGCAUCUUUCUGGCUGACAGGGCCUUUGCUAGCACACAGGAGGCUGCGUGGCUUUCUUGCUGCUUCUCCCAGGCGAUAGGGCCUCUGUUGGCACACAGGGAGACUGUGUGGCUUCCUUGCUGCUGCUUCCCCACUGGAAGGCCUCUGCAGGGGUUGUUGAGACUGCAUUCUUUUCUCGCUGUUUCUCUGUGGCAAGCAGGAGCUCUAGCAAUGCAUGGUGGGUGGGGCUGCAUGGCUUCUUUGCUUUUUCUCUACUGCCGGUAGGGCCUCUGCGGGCACACGGGAUGCAGGGACUGUGUUUCUUCCUUACUGUUUCUCCCCAUCCAGCAGGAACGCUGCCCCUGGUUUUCUUUUCUUUUCUUUCUUUUUUGGAUUCCUGAAUUAUCUUUCUCCAUGGGCUUCAAGUCUCAGUUCAGAUCCGUCCUGUGUCCACAGGACCCACCUUUUUCUUCCUUCCCUUCUUCAUGUUGCUAGAUUCCAGGGUCUGGACACUGAAUUUGGAAAGAUUCUUUUUCUGCUGUUCACUGCUCGCCCAUUUUCUUGUAAGUUCUUUGCCUUCUUCACCUUUUAAACCAAGGCAAGAACGCCUGCCUUUCCUGCUUCCUGCAGUUAUUCUAGGGGUGCCGGGGUCUCAUAAAUGUGAAAUGCUUUAUUUAACCUGAGUAACUUUCCAUACUGAUGUGCAGGCUAGUGUUGCAUCCCUAUUUCUUAAUCUCCAAACACCAGCUGUGAACAUCCUGGGUGACCUUUUUUUUUUUUUUUUUUUUUUUUUGAUACUGGGGAUCAAACUCAUGACCUUGUACUUGCCAGGCAGGUUCUUGUGCCACUGAGCUAAAUCCCCAGCCUGACUUUUAACUUUUUACCAUACUACCUUCCAGAAACAACUGUGGCAGCCUACAAGGAUGCCUACAAAUGAUUGGUCAUAUUUCCUAGAGAUAAGAAGAUCGUGAGCAUAGGUUGUGAUGAGCAUAGGUUGUGAUGUAUGGCUUUCCUUUGUAGGAAGGACUCUAUGUCCUUUAACUACUUUCUAUAGUCUCUUAGUUGCUGCAUCUUGGGCUAUAGGAUCAUUGACUUCCUCAUAGCAGCCCUGUUGCUUGUCAGUGGUUCUAACGAGCUUCAUGGUCAAUGUUUCAUGAAUGUGGUGAGAGAUGGAAAGGACUUUGUUUUUCUCUAGAGUUGCUAAGAGCAUCUCUUGAUAACUACAGCUGCAAGUGUGCCACCUAGUGGAGAAAGUGAAGUUUGUCAAGAGGCAGCCUGUGCCAGCCAGAGGGCAAGAAAUUUCUGGGAAGGAAGUGAAUGUUCAGCAGACCAAUUUGGCUGAGCUUUUUUCCUAAAUCCAGAUUGGGUGUGCUCAUCACCACGGUGGGGAUUGUGGGAAUUUAGUAGUAAGAUUCCCAUUGUGAAGGGACCACAAAUGAACUGCUAAUAGACAUCUCUUUUUGUUAUUCACCUGGCCUCUAUCCUGAAAUCUGAGGGGGGAUCUGGCUUCGUACUGUCUCUGUGGCUGGUGUGGAGGAUGACACAAGCUUAUACUGGAUCUGUGGCUUUCAGAGCCCAGGAUCCAGAGAGUACUGCAGUGGAAGGAGCUUACAACAGCUCUAAGCCCAAUUGCAUACUUUAUGUGUGAGGAGACUUAGGCCAGUGUUAUGGCUUUGUAUCUAAGUGUCCUUGGAAAGCCUCAUGCAGUCAUAGGUGGGGCUUUUCGGAGUGGCUGGACCCAGAGUGUGAUGCUGGGAUUGAUUCAUGGUGCAAUGUUAGGGUUAAGGGCGCCCAGCCUGGAUGUGAGUGCCACCUGCACUAAGGGUGGCAGUUGGAUAGAAAAUAAGGGCUAGAAAGAGGGCAGCCAUUGUUGCUUGCUGUUGAUUUGUUCCUUUGCUCCCACCAUGAACUGUUUCUUCUCUACAAUGCCCCUCUGCAUCGCCACCUUGCCUUGGAGGCAGCCAUGUAUGCACUGAAACCUUUACAGAGUGUAAGUUAAGUAAAUCUUUUCUCCUUUAACUUUGAGUGUUGAAUAUUUUGUCUUAGCAGUGACAGCCAGAGGAGGGGCCCAAGUCCCUCAUGCUGGGGCCAAUGGAACCUGGUUUGAGCUGUUACUCAGCCACUCAGCCUGCUUGACUGCAUGGUGAUUGUUGGGUUGCCUGGAGGAGAUUACCCUCCCUGUCAGCAGCUACUCAAAACUUACCUUGGAGCAGUGGUGUUUCUCCAUUCUGUCCUAAGGAUACUCACAGAGCCUGCAGGUCCAGCCUCCUGGUACCUUGAGAAAAGCUGACAGUCAGACAUGAAAACCAAAUAGCAUGGGAGGUUCAGGAUGAGGGAUUUAGCUGGAACAGAAGCCUGGAAGGAAGAAGCCCCUGAAAGGAGUGUAAAGGCCGCGUGUGUGUAUCCACCUUCUAAUACUUGCUGUCAUUUCUCAGGGGUGUGUCUUUAGAGAAAUUGUUUAAUAAGCCUUAGUACCUUCUUCUGUAAAAUGGGAAUGAUAACAGGUGUGUCAUGGUUACACGAGAAUGGUGUGUGAUCGUGUGUAGGAGUUUAUCUCAUGAAUUCUCCCACUGGCAGCCAGGGAUGACAUAAAACACAGAGAUCAUGAAUACCACAGGCAAGUGCGGUGGAUACUUCCACAGGUGACAGUUUCCUUGCCCCUCCCUGGCAACAGCUGUGGGUCUGGGGGACCUCACAUCUUUCUCCCUUUGCAGAGCUCCUUUAAGUUCCCUCUAGUUGUGCAGGUUAAAGACACACUGCCAUUGAAUUACACUCCCCUUUGCUAUGUUAUUUUGAAGCAAAUCUCUCAAUGUCAUGGUAUUUCUAAAUGCAUUUCUUAUAAUGAGUAUGUUUUCCUAUAGUAAAAUCACAUCUAAUCAAUUUAGACAUAAUUCAUUAACGUUUAUUUAGUACUCAGUCUGUAUUCAGAUGCACGCAGUUGUCUUGAAACUUUACAGAGAAUUGACUGAAUCAGGUCCAUUUAUUCAUUACAUUUGGUUGUUUGGUCAACAAACUUUUGAGCAGAGCUGCUGCAGCUGUGGGACAGGGUUAUUGUAAUUCUGCUGCUCACUUUUAGAGAGCUGCCAUGCUGGAGAGGGAAAGCUCAGUGGGACUAGAGAUUAUGAGCCGGAUUUUCAGGUCCACAGGUUCCUGGUUUAUUUAAAGUUAUGUGAUUCUUUCAUUUUCUGUGUUUGAAAUUAUUUGGAGUGGAUCAUUGAUCAUUGAAAGUGAACAAUGCAAGGAGUGAAACAGCUCUUGGCUUGAUAUGCUUAGCACGCAGGUUUGAAACUUCAUUUGAAACUCAUCCAUGUUCUUCCAUGUUGUGUAUAUUGAGCAUCGUUUAUAUGCCACAACUGUGCUAGAGACGAGACAAAAGUCAGAAAACAGCAAGAGAGGUCUUAGGUCCAUGGAGGACACAGGUGUGACCUUCUGGCUGUGGAUGCUCUACAGAGGAGUGCAGAGAGUGCUCUGGGCACACAAAAGGAAAAGGAGGUUUUGGCUCCCCUGGAUGUUCAGGGAAGGCCUUCCUAAAGGAGAAAUCACUGAACUGAGCAUUGAAUAACUUUUCAUCAUUGCUGGUAGAGGCAAAAAGUUAUUCUCAGCACUAAAACUUCCUAAAAUGCAGCUACACUCUCAAGUGACAGUGUCUUACAACUCACAUAAUGGAUAUUUUCUUUAAUUUUCUUCAAUAAACACCAAAUUGUUACAGUCAUAAGUUGUCUUUGAUGAAUUCUUUGAACAGGAAAAGAGCUUGUCACUGUGAUGCAUAUUGUAAAAAACAACACUCAAAUGGUGAGCACUCUGUCCUUCUGCUUUGCUACCCCAUAAAACUUCCCUCUAUGAGCCUUGGGAGCCUCCUGACCUCUUUGGAUAUGAUCCCAGUUGGAACUGCUGGUGUAAUAGGCUAAUUCUUGCUUUUAAACCUGCAGCUGUGGGAAAGGGUUAUUGAAGUUCUGCUGUUCACUUUUAGAGAGCUGCCAUGCUGGAGAGGGAAAGCUCAGUGGGACUAGAGAUCAUGAGCCAGAUUUUCAGGUCCACAGGUUCCUGGUUUAUUUAAAGGGUUCUUGGUCAUGGCUUUGCUGUUACAGUAAAAUCUCAUAUAUUUGUAUACUUUGCAUUAAAUUUUUUUCUCUAGUAAGCGCUGACUGAUACACCCCAUGAGUAAGAGUGUUUACAUGAAGAGUUUGGAGGCACAGGGUGAGGGGACAGUGGCAAGAAGAAUUGGGCAAAGAUGGAUAUCAGCAGACAUUAAGAGUGGAACAAUGGCUUUGGAGGGGACAAUAGUGAAAGAAAUGUGGGGUUUGUUUGGAAGGAGGGAGUUGAGUUGAGAUAGUCAAACACUGAAUUCCAAAGACAGAAGCAUCACUCUGCACCUGGGUUUCUUUCUUCAGGCCUGUGUGUAACAUCUAGUCUUCUGCUUCAGACCUGUGUUCAGAAGAGGAAGACAGACUGGUCCUCAGAGUCUGAGGAGGAGCUGCAGGAGGACAUACUGGGUCUCUUUGUGGAGUAUGUGGGCUGGAACUGUACUUCCUGCCUCAGUUGCUUGCCCAGGAGAUGCAGGAUUGCUCCUCAGAAUUGGAAUAAGAAAUGAAGAGGAUAGUUAUGAAGGAGGUUCUGACUCAAUCCUGAGGGGUCAAUCCAGACUCUCACCGCAGUCCUCUGGCUACAAAUGGCAGAGGGCGUGGUCACUGGAAUUGAAGGAGGAUGAGAGGGAAGGGAACUGGUGCUUUAAUUUAGCCCUCAGGGAAGACAGAGGCUUCUCCUUCAUAAAAGGUGGAGAGAACGUCUGUCCUUGUUGCAUCAGGAGGCAUAGGAAACACUGGGACAGUUACGGCCUGUGCCUUCGACACACACAGGGGUCCUGGAGAUUUGUGACCUCAAGAGGAAGUUGAAAAUGAAGCAUCUGUCUUCAGUGCUGCCUGAGUACCACAUGGUUUUCACCAGGCUGCUCAGGAAGGAGGCCCUAUCACAGUGCUUUUAACUUGGUUUUUAAGGAACACAAGAGAACUGUGAUUACUUGUUUAAUCCAUGGAAGGGAGCACUCUGAGAUCUCUGAACUGUUUAUUCCUGAAGGAUGCUGGUACCGUGUCCCUCCUCAGAAACAGAUGACAGUGAUGAGUCCUUAAAACAUGUCCCCCAUUGGAAUCACAAAGUUUGGUUCCAAGCCCUGUGACCUGGAGCAAUUGCUGACUUUUCUGAAUGGAAAUCACUGAGGCACUUAAAGGACAACAUGGUCAUAGUCACACAUGAUGUGACCAUUACAAAAGAAAGUGACUUGGAUGCCUGAGAUUGUACAUUUCCAUGCCAUGAGAGAAGACUGAAGUGUGCUCUGAUGUCCUUACUAGGCAGAGUUGCUGCUCCCCAGGGGAUCACUCAGUUACUCCUCUGUGAGUCUCAGGGAUGAGGCCCUGUCACCUGUGCACUAAACAUUCUUCUUCCUUCUCUUCCCAUCUCCCUGACUCUAGAUCCAUCCAGAACUAUCUCCCAGGCAGGUUUGGUUCUGCUCCCUCUUUUCUGGUUUCUAGGGAAAUUUAACACUCAGUACUCUUCACAGAGGAUCCUGUUGUCAAAAGAUUUCUGCCUUGGCCAUGAACUUAAGAGCAUUUGACAAGGUGAGGUCCUUUUCCCUUAAACUGGGCUGUUGAUGCUCAAAGAGGAGCCAUUUGUGAAAACAGAAACACCUCUCACUAUGGGAACCAAGCUUAUUUUUGAAGGCAAGACAAAGGAUGUGAGGGAAGCAAAAUGAAUUAAUUUGUCUGGAGGAAAUGACAAUGACACUAGCGGAGGUAAAUAAUGCAGUUUACUAGGGGAUGGGAAUUGCCAUAGCCACUGCUGUUGAACAGAAGAUGGAACAAUGCUAUUUCGCACCUCACAUCUAAAACCUGAAUAACAGGUGUUCAUCCAUGUGCAGUCAGUUCUGCCACAUCAUCAUAAAAGGUAGUAAUGGUUUUAUUUGGAGCAUGUGGCAUAUGUCGCCCUUGUAAAGGGCCAUGAAACUGCCAAAGGACUCCAGUGGGCAUAUGUGAGUUGGGAACAUAAUUAAAAACAUUGGCGAAGAUGAGACAACUCUAGAGAGUUGAGCUUUAGGGAGAGACAAAUCAACUUUGUCAAAGGCAGUUUUAGCCUCUGAUAUAAGUGCUGUUGGAGAGAUGGGGCCAGGUUCCUUAGAGAAUGUCAAAGACAGGGUGUAAAUCAUGAGUCAGCUUAAGAGCUGGGCAGAACCCAGUAGAGACUGAGCAUCAGUUAGGGUGGCAAGAUGAUCAGCCUGGAUCUGAACAGUUUGGGGCACAAGAUGUGACUUGAAGAAGGUGACCCAAACAUGAAACUGGUGCUAUAGUUUUCAACUUUUCAGGGGCCACAAGUAGGUUUACAUUAUAAAGGGCAUCGACCAAUCUGACAAGUAUCUGGUGCAAAGUGGAUGAGCAUUCAUGUGCUAGGAGAAAACUGCGGUAUUCCAUAGGGCUAUCAGAGGAUUCUAGGUGUACUGCCAUCAUCUGUUCUUAACCGGUUAAGAGCUGCUGUAAGCGUUUCCUGAGUGAGAGGUCAUUGAUCAACCCAAACUGCAUAAUCAGAUAUCCAAGUUAUCUUGGGCACAUCUGUGGGUUCAGAGAAGAGAUCAAGGUCUCUCCUGAAAAUAUCAAAGUGAGUAGUCUAUACCAAAAUGGUCCUUUUUAGGGAUAACUGGAAGAGGUUCUCUCCUUCCCUGUUUGGUUUUCCAAGCCCUUGAGUGGGAAGGAAAUCUUAUUGUCCCAUCUGAUGAGUCACUGAAGAGUUAAGGCUUGCCAAAUAUGCCCCCUGUCCUGUAAUACAUCACAACCCCAUAGAUUGACUGGUAUAGGGGGAGGGUAUAAGGUAAAAAAUGUAACGAAUGGCCUUCUGCAUCCCUCCACGUUAACAAUGUAGCACUUCUACAGGGUGAGAAGCACUGCCUACCCCUUGUAGGUCCCUAGUUGCUACAUUGAAGGGCCAUGCCAUAGGGUAAUGGCAGUGGGUAAUAAGUUAAACAUCUGCACCUGUGUCUAAAAGCCCUUUGAAUGUUUUUCCUUCAAUAAUCAAUUCCAUCUGGAGAUGAUCCUGUUUAAUCUGUUGAACCCAAUAAGCAUCUGAAGACCAGAAACCCUUGGGUCAUCUUUCCUUAUUCAUAGGUUUUCCAAUUUUUUUUUUGUCAAAGAAUUGGGCAAUAUGAGAGUCUGGAGUGACCUGAAUAGUGUUUUGAGUAGUUUGAACCAUAUCAUUGAUUUCCUCUGUAUAAUCAGCAUUAAUGAUGCCAGGAAAAACAUGGAGACAUUUUAAAGUGAGACUGUUGUGGACUAGCAGGAGUCCCACUGCACCUUAAAGCAAAGAUCCAUAGACUCCAAUAUGAAUAGGUUCCCAUUUCAGGAGUUAGCCCACAGCUUUCCUGGAGCUUCCUUUCUGGCUAAACUUACAACAGUUAAAAUCAUUCUGCUGGACAGCUUGCUCUUGAUUCUCGACAUAGAUCUGGCUAAAAGCCACCAACAGUAGCCAUGCCACUGCCUCAACAUUCAACUGCCUUGAAAUUUCUACAAGAUUAAUUAGUCUUCUGCUCUUAAUUUUAGUCUCGGAUAAAGUCUCUGAACAUGAGCAAAAUGCAAACAAACUUUCUGCCAAGGCAUAACACACAUCAUCCGGAGUCCAGCCAAUGAAGUCCUUCUUCCCAGAAGAAACCUCCUGACCAUGAUCUUUACCUGCUGGAUUCUGUCAGUCUCUUGGUCUUCUGAGCUCUGACCAGAAUCUCCAAUACGUAGUUCAGCAUGUCAGGAGACAUUGACAAGAAGAUCGAACAAGCCAUGGAUCCGGCAAAGUCCUAUCUCAUGUUUGUGGUCCACGAGGAGAUGGAGACGCUGAAGGAGCAGAUCCGGGACCUGGAGGAACGAAAUGUCACACUGGAGCAAGAGAACAGCCUGCUGCGUACCAUGGCCAGGCCGGAGCAUUUGGCCCAGAUGCCCUCCUCAGGGCUCCCCCAGCCUAGGCUCCCCACACACAAUGAGCCCUCACCCCCCAGGGCAUGCAGUUAGGAUCUGCCACACCUGUCAGACCUUGUGCCAACAGCUUGUCUCUUCUUUGCCUGCAGCAUCAAUGCUGCUUAGCCCAGGGAUUGGGGGCUCUACUGUGGCCCCUGUGCCCCUCACCCUAUCCUGCUAACCCCAGCCCCCAGGCUUUGAAGAAGGAGGGAGAGCUCAGCAUGGGUGAUGAAUGGAGUCUCUCUCUUUUUUUUUUUUUCUUUUUUCCGAUACCGGGGAUCGAACACACGACCACCUGCUUGCAAGGCAGGUGCUUAUGCCGCUGAGCUAAAUCCCCAGCCCUUUUUUUUGGUAUUUUUUGAGACGGGGUCUCACUAUGCAGUUCAGUUCACUUUGUAGCCCAGGCUGGUCUCAAACUCGCAAUGAUCCUCCCACCUCAGCCUCCUGAGUGCUGGGAUUACAGGCAUGAGCCACCACGUCCAGCUCAGUGAAUGGAGUCUUUUCUGGGUUGACUGAUGCCAGUCCCCCUCCCUCCCUAGUCAUCAGUGUUCUGGGUCCCAGCAGUGGGUGGACGGUUGGAGGCUUCCUGGCAGCCGCUCCCCAACUUUAUUCUCCUGAAAUGUUCCCUCUGCGCUGCCCAGGGGAAGGAAUAUGGACAGCAUCUUAAAGUUCUGGGAUUCUGGUUAUUCUUCAAAUGAUAAUUACAAUUAAAAAAUCUGAAGAAACUUGAAUUUGGAGGUAGGCGUGGUGUGUGCAUGCUGACCUUCGAGGGGUGGCAGGGCAGUUUGAGCCUCUCUGCCCUGGCUGGGCUGCUUCAGUGUGGUAUAGAUGGUGUGACAGGCCAAGAUGUCUGGAGAAAUAAGCAAGACCUGUCAAUUAUCAUACCCAAGGACUGCACUCAAGACCUGGGUGGGUCCUGUCAAUAUCAAGAUACUAGGGUGCAGAACCUCAGGAAUUUCUGUGCUCCCAGGACAUCUGGAGGGUCUAAGAUACAGACAAAGACAAGACUUGCCAUCUGCUUCCUCAUCUCUCAGACCCAUGUAAACCUUUGUUGUUACUUUCUAUCCUUUUCUCUCUCUUUGGCUUAUGUUUGCUCUGCAGAGCUAGUUCUUACCUCUUCACCUCUCAUUUUAAAAUAAACUUUGGCAAUAUU